CAAAAAAAAUUUAAUAAGAAACUAUAAAAUUUCUAUUAUUUUUAUAAACAUUUAAUAAAAGACUAAUUAGAUUUUGUUUUUUUUUGUUUUUGAUUUUAAAUCCAUCUAAAUUAUUAAUUAAGUAAUUAACUAAAAGAAUAAAUUAAAAGCUAACAAAAAUUUAAUCUAGAGAACAUGGAAAGUGAACUCUAUAAUAAAGAAGAAAUAGUUUAAGAUUUAGUAUAAUAAAUCAAAAUUCUUAAGGCAAACUUCAACCAUUAUUUUAUAUUUUUUAUAUUACAAUCUUAACUAUGAAGAUCAGAAUAACCAAAAAGAAAUUCAGUUGGGUGCACCAUAAGCUGAUGGAGCUAGAAAGAAAAAGAAAAAGAAGAAGAAAAAAAGAGUUGAAGAAGAGGAAUAAGUUUAAGACCAAUAAAUUGAAAUUCAGUAGGAAUAGGCAUAUGAUGAGGCAUAUGCAGAAAAUAAGCAAGUUGUAGAAAGUGCUUUAGACUCGUUUAGAGCAACUACUUCUAAAAAGCCUUAGCAAGAAGAAAUUAUUGAUUUAAACCAAAAUAAUGAUGCAAUUGAUUAAAUUUUGCAACAAGAUCAGCAUCAAAUUGUCUAGUUAGAUGAUGGUAAUUAUUAGUAAAUCUACUACGAUUAGCAGUAGCAAUAAGAUUAGAUCAAUAACUAGGAAGGGUUUGACUAAUCUACUGUGAAAAAGAAAAAAAAGAAGAAAAAAAAGAAACAAGUUGAAAACUCUGAAAUUUAAGAUGGAAAUUUUGCUAGUGAAAUUGUAAAUCCUGAGAGUAAUUAUCAAGAAAGCAACUAAUAAUAACCAUAGUAAAUGUAUGGUACAGAUCAAGGAUAGACCUUAAAUGGAAACGAACAGAAAGCAGAUAUCGAUUAAUUGAUCAAUGAAUUGUAAUAAGAAGACCACUAAAUGUAAAACCAGUAAAAUAUAACCUCACAAGAAUAAAAUAAUAUGCUUUUUACAGAUAAUAACUUAUUUCCUACUCAUCCUAACAAUACCAUUAAUGAUACAGAAUAAAACGAGCUUGUGCCUCCCGUUAAAACUAAGAAAAAAAAGAAAAAGAAGAAAGCAGAAAACUCAACAUAAGAUGAAGAAAAUAGCAGAGUAGUUUUAUUGGUUGAUUCAAUAAAUCACCUUGAAGAAUAAGGAAAUCAUGUGAGCGAUCAGAAUUUGAGUCCUGAAAAGCAAAGAAUAAUUAAAACUGCGGAGAAACAUAACAUCGGGAGAGAUCAAAUUAUCUAUGAAGAAGAAUAGAAAGAAGUUCAUGAAGAUUUUAAUCAAAGUAUGUAUAAAGGCGUUAAUCAAAGUCUUGUUUAUGGUAAUUCCUCUCAGUUAAAUGAGUCUCUAGUUCAAGAUGACCAGAAGUUCAUAAGGGAAAACUAAGACAAUAAUAUUAUUAGAUCUCAGUCACGCAUGAAUAAUGAUCCAAUUAUAUUGAACCAAGCAGAAGAUAAUUAAGAGCAAUUUUAGGCAGAUCAGAAUAAUUAAAUGAGCGCUCCAUAUGGAAAUAAUUAAUUACAAAAUCCAUCUGAAUUCAAGCAAUCAGCUUGCAAAAGAAUAUGUACUAAGUUAUGCAAUGCCAUUUAAUAUUAAAGUCAAACUAAACCCUAUGAGUAAAAAUCAAAAAUAGCUAAAAUUUUCUCUUCAAAUCCUCAGCUUUUACGUCCUAAAAUAAAACCUCUAGACAUAUCUUUUGGAAAUAACAAAGUGAAUUCUUAAUUAUAAAAUAGUAUUGCUCCUGCUAAAAAUAGAUUCACCUUCACUCUCUACUUAUUAUUGCAAAUUGCCUUCAAAAAAAUAAAUGUUUAUUUCUUCUUUUUAGGUGUCAUCGCAUCUGUUAUUUAUUGGUAGAAUUCGAGAAAUUUCCCAUGCAUGAUUGCUCUAUAUUUAUUCUCAGUUUUCUCCUAGUUAGUUAUUGACUACAAUUUAAAGAAAAGAAAUUUUUAUUUCUGCUAAGCUGUUGAUAAUUAGACUGUUUAAAAAAGCUCUAAUGGAAGCUUUGUAUCCUGUAAAAGAGGUGAACUGAGACAGGGUGACAUUGUUAAAAUAAAAUAAGGUGAAUUUCUUCCAGCUGAUUUGAUUUUGGUUUCAUCUUCAGGUGAAGACAUAUUUAUUAAUUUGGAUUCUCAUGGCUCUCAGUCUGGUUUUGAAAGAAAAUAUGUACCUUAGCAAAUAAGAGAGCUGGAUAAGUCUUAACUAAUUAGCAAUGCCUUUAGUAUAGAUGGUACUAUUAAGUCUAAUAGUGAUACUCUUUCUAUCUAAGAGGGUAAAUGGGAAGGAACAUUUAAGUCAUCUGCAGUAAAUUCUGGAAACGAAUUUUAAAUCACAGAAGAGAACAUUGGCAUUAAAAAUAUGAGAUUGCUUAAUUCUGAUUUUAUCAUUGGAAUUGUUUUGUUCACUUCAUAAAAAUCUAAAUACAAUGGAGUUAAUUUCUAAAGAGAAACAUUUUAACAUAUUUUGAACAGUUUCAUCAACUUACACGUCUUCUUUUCACUUAUUUUUAUUAUAGUUUUUGCUAUUAUUUUUGCCAUCCUUGGUAGCUCCUUCGCUUCUGAUGCCUUAAACAACUACCAUUAUCUUAAACAAGUAGAUCCAGUAUUUAAGGUAUUCAUGAAUUAUCUUGUAAUCCUUACAAGUACUCUUCCAACUUUCUUAUAUCCUGUUUUAGGAGCUGUAGAUUUGUUGUAAACAUACUUAAUUAACAGAAUGCCAGACGAUUGGGAUGACAUUAUAGAGAGUUAAAAGCAGAUGAAUGCCAUUUCGUUUACUUAAUUGGAUUAAGAAAUGAAACCCUUAGAUGCUAGUAAAUCUUAUUACGAAACUAAACCUAAGUAGAGAAUAUUAAAAAGUGAAAAAGAAUUUUAAGAAAGCAAAAAGAAGCUUAAUUUUGAGGAUGAGAAGAAAAGAGUUGAUCUCAAUAAAAGCACUGCCACUUAACAGGAGCCUGAAGCAAAGAACUAAAAGAAAGAAAUUAGUAAAUACAAAGAAAUAAUUUUUGAUGGAUAAAAAAUAAGUUUCUUAGGAAAACUUAAUGUAAUUGUUUCCGAUUUAGAAAAUGUAAAUGAGAGAUAUACUGAAUUCUAAGGAUUUACUGCUUACGAUAUUGGUUUUGAUUAAAACAAUAACUCACAUUUAUUUGAUGGAAUGGGAGAAAGAUAAAUUCAGUAGGUAGUUAAACUCUUCAAAUUUGGCUUGAUGUCGAAUGGAAAAUAUUAAUAAACAAAAGAAGAUAUUGCUUUAAAGGAGUACUGUGAAAAACUGGAAAUCUUUUAUACAAACGGAGAAGAGCAAAACUAAUUUAUAAUCAGUACAAUGAACGUGGAAGAAAAUUUCACUUUGAACUUUUAGUAAGCUCCUAGUGCUGAUAGACCUUACUAAACAAGUUAUAUAUCUAGAACAAACAGUGAUAAUUAGCUAUUAAUGAGAGGUUCUCCAGAAGUAGUUAUGGAUAAAAUGAUUAUGGAUAAUGAAUUAUCAGAGAGUAUUAAGCUUUCUAUUAAGUAAUUUAGAGCUAGAGGAUAUACUUGCUAAAUUCUUGCUACCAAACAUGUUGACGAUAGAUUCUUUGCAGUAUUAAGCGAUCUCAAACAGAAUACAGUUUAAACAGAUCAACUUUUAGCUAAUAUCGAAAAUAACUUAGAGUAUUUAGGUUUAUUUGCCUUUAAAACAUUUUACAGAGAUCCUUUCAACAGAUUAACUCAAUCAAGUAUUAAGCCUUGGUAUCUUACUGAAUAAAAUUAUAACUAACAGUAAAAUAUCUUCAAAGAAAACUCACUUGCUCCAACAUUCAGAAUCUCCUAAUAAGAUCCAACCCUUCUCAUUAAAGAAAUUGACUUCUACUUCAAAUAAUAUAAACUAAGCACGUUCGGAUCUAAUAUUGUUAGUUAGAUAUCUAGCUAUAAGAUAAAAUAUAAUAUGGAAUCGGAUGCCAAAGUUCUUUAAACACUAUUUAGCUCUCAAGACCAAAACAUGCAAAUUUUCAAAGUGAUGUUUUUCACUAUGAUGUUACAUGCAUAAAAUUGUGUCAUAUGGGGUAUGAGUCCUUUACUAAAAUAAACUUUGAUUUCAUAGGUGAAAGGAUGUAUAUCUCCUUCUCUAAACUUCUUGGCAGUUGGCUCAAGUGAAAAAGAUAUUCCUUUAAUGUAGACCUCAGAUGUUUCUCUAGUUUACAGUAAAGAAGGAGAGGAUAAUUCAAAUUAGUAAUCUAUAUUACCAUAUGCUGAUGGUUAAUUCACAAGUUUCAAGCAACUCAAUUAUCUUAUAUUAUCAUAUGGUAGACAGCAUUAUCACAAAAGCUAGCAAUUAUGUACUUAUAUGAUAGAAAAGAGUAUAAUAUUUACAACUUUAGAAUUAAUUUAUGCUUUCCAUGUGAUGUACUCUGGUUAAUUGUUUUUCUGUAAUUUGAUCUAUUUCUUCUAUGAGUUCCUAUUCGCUAAUUGGGGUGCAGCUUUCUUUUACCUCUUAGAUUUCGAUAUCUAAAUGUAUUAGCAAAUUGAAUAUCCUUAAGUUUAUCUCUAAGGAAGUCUUCAAAAACUUACCUCAAUACCUAAAUAUUUCUAUAGAGCUUUUCUUUCUUUGUGCUAAGGAAUAUUUAUUUUCUUUAUUACCUCCUACACUUUGCAAGAAGCUGUAGAUGGAACAGGUGUUGUUAUGAACCAUGGUUUCACAUAAAUUUGUGCUUUGUUUACCAUUUUUAAUUUGAUGAAAUACAAAUAAAUAGUUCAUUCUACAAAUAUUUCAUAUCAUUAUUGGGUGAUGGUUAUUGAUUACAUCCUAUUUAUUAUAGUCAUGUUCAUAAUACAAACAAAGGGAAUUUCUAGAAUUUCAUAUAAUAAUUUGGAUAAGAUGGUCAGUGCUUUCUUCUCAAGCACAUCCUCAUUCUUCAUAUUCCUAACAAUUGGAUUUAUUUGCCUUAUUCCUGAAAUUAUCCAGCUUGUAAAUGAGAGAUUAAUAAACAGAAAUCCAAUUUAUAAAAUAAUUGGCUUCAACUAUGGGCUCUACGAAAGGAGAGUAGGUGCAAAUGUGCCAAUACUAACACAAAAUGUGUACUAUACAAACUAAGUAGACAACUUUGCAAAAAUAGCUCCUGAAGAGAAAUCAAAAAUAGGGCUAAAAAAGCUAGUUUCUUGAAAUAUAAUAGAGAGAAAUUUAGUUAAGAUUAGAAUAUUAAAAAUAAUUAAUAAAUCAUUAACAAUUUAGAAUAGACUCAGUAACAAAUUUUCAUUAUCAUUUUCUAUGUAAUCAUUUUAUCAAUAUAUAUCAAUUUAUAUUCAAAACGUAGUCAAUUCUUCUUUAA